GUUUUAUCUAGGCCGAGUGGUCACAAAGCAGCGUUUCACUGCGGACGCCACAUCAAAAUGAAAUCGAGCGGGAAAAUUUUAGUAAGAAUUUGUUUUCCAAUGUCAAAAAUCUGAAAAUCAUCAGGGGGAAUCUCAGAUUCCGAAACCAUGACGAGAACCAAACACCUCGCCCGUAAAAGCCGAAACCGCCGGCGGCAAUUUGCUGCAACACCUGCUUCGCCAGCAUCGGCUGGACCGAGUUCGGCACCACCCAGAAGGCCAACAAGGACUGCAACGGAUGCUUCACCAAGUACAGCAGGGAGUCAGGGACAAAGGAAGCCUUUUCGCUAUAGGCCAGGAACUGUGGCUCUUCGGGAGAUUCGGCGAUUUCAGAAGACCACGCAUCUACUAAUCCCAGCUGCUCCUUUCAUUAGAACUGUUAGAGAGAUUAGCUACUUUUUUGCUCCAGAAAUUUCUCGUUGGACAGCCGAAGCUUUAGUAGCACUUCAGGAGGCAGCAGAGGAUUAUCUGGUUCAUUUGUUUGAAGAUGCAAUGCUUUGUGCAAUUCAUGCAAAACGCGUAACACUAAUGAAAAAGGACUGGGAGUUGGCACGUCGGAUUGGAGGGAAAGGACAGCCUUGGUGAAAGCAUUACACCGCUCCACACCAAUAGUCAAUACCGUUGUCACUGAUUGUACCAUUCAGAAAAUGGAAUCUGUAAUUGUUUCUUUUAUGGCAAUUGCCUUUCCUGUUGUAAUAUGGAAUUAAGAAUUAGGAAGCAGGUUGCAUUCUCAACUCUCAAGCUAUAUACCAUCACUAGAGUUCUCACUACCACAAAAAUUUGCAGGUCAUUUGUAAAGAAGUUCAAAUCAUCUGUUACUGAAUUUAUCUUUGAAGUGAA